GCUUCUUACCCAGAAUAGAUCUUUUUUUACACACCAGCCUUUUUCUUAUGAGGAAUUUUUGUUUUUGUGUGUUUUCAUGAUUCAUCUACUGCCUCUGCCUUCUUCCUUUUUGUGUUUUGCUGCCACCUGCAGGCAGCCCCGCCCCCUUAUUUUCAGAUUAAAACUGUACUGUUCAGUGUCUGUAUAGAUCAUCAUUUAUCCAGAGUGAUUCCAUGGAAAUUGUGGGCAAAAUUGACUGGAUUUGUAUUGUUUUAUUUUAUUCUUCUCCCCCUUUCUCUGUACCUCUUAGUGUUAAUAAAGUUUUUCAGAUUGAAGGGCUCUGGAUAAUCUGUCAGAUUAGCUGUGCUCUCAGUCUGUCAGCAGUGAGCAGAUUAAUCUGGCUCCAGUCAAGAUGUCGGGCAGAAGCGCAUGUCUGUUCUCAGUGCUGCUGUCGCUGUUGCUGCUGCAGGGAUCAGCGUUUGUGGAGGAGCUUGAUGACUCCUUCAUGGACACCAAAGGCUCAGAUGAGAUCUGGCUCAUUGAGUUUUACGCCCCCUGGUGUGCGUUCUGUAAACAGCUGGAUCCUGUUUGGCAUCAAAUCGGAUCAGAACUCAGGAGUCUUGGUUCGAUGGUUCAAGUUGGGAAGACAGAUGCUACUGUAAACACUGGUUUGGCCAAAGAGUUCAGGGUCAGAACUUAUCCAGCGAUCCUCAUGUUAAAGAAGGACACCAAAUAUAACUAUCCAGGCCCAAGAACAAAGGAGGGGAUCAUGGACUUUGCCAGUCGGAUUGAAGGACCGCUGGUUCGAUCGCUGAGCAGUCCGCAGCUCUUCCAACACGCCAUGAGCCACCACAAUGUCAUGAUUGUUUACGUGGGGGCCACGUCAGAGCUCAAGGGGAACUUCACUUCCGUAGCAGAGGAACUCAUUGCCCACACUUACUUCUUUUCUACAACCAGAAAUGUCUUACCAAAGUCCGUGUCCCUGGACUAUCUGCCUGCCAUCAUAGUUUUCAAAGAUGGAACAUAUGUCAUUUAUGAUGAGGAAAGUGAUGGUGACUUGAAGGCAUGGAUUAACAGAGAACGCUUUCCAAACUUCCAACACAUUGACAGCUACACUUUGUAUGCUAUGGGAGAGUCAGGCAAAUUAGUGCUGCUGGCUAUGGUGGAGGAGAGAUACCUAAGUGACAAAAGCUUGAGGUACAAACAUCUGGUGGAGAGAGUGGCUGAAGAGCACAAGGAGACCUAUAGCAGGUUCUUCCUCUUCGGCUUUAUGGCGGUUGGGGACUACAUUAAUGGAUUUGUGAUGGGUGAGGUCACCGCGCCCUCCUUCCUCGUGGUUAAUCUGUCCAAUGAUGGCUACUACCAACCAGUUGGUCCUGUGGAGACAGAGCGCCACCUGCUGGACUUCCUGGACGGGGUUCUAGACAGUACCAUUGAGAUGAAGGGAGGAAACGGCUUUAGUCAGCGAGUCCAGCGCAUCAUUUAUGAAGCUAAAGCCACGCUGAUCCCGGUGUUCAGAGAGGCUCCACUGAUCGGCUGCUUUCUGGCUGGUUUCCCACUUGCCAUUGGCGCCUUCUUCUGUUUCCUCUGUUGUCGGAACCGAACCACCACAGACGAUGAGGAUGAGGACACCGCCGCACUGUCAGCCACUUCAGUGCCACAACGCAAAAAAAUAAAAGACAAGAAGUCAGACUGAUAGUAAAGGUCAGAAGGGGGAAAACAAUGAGGAUCGACCUCUGCAACCAGAACCAAACUGGAACUGACAAAUGCAGAGGAAACUGAGCCUCCACACAUGUUUCAAUCUGCUGCUAAACAAGCCAUGUUUGUGUUGCGUUGAAUCCAGCAGAACCUGUUUACUGAUCCUUUCAUGAAAAUAAAGGACUC